AUGGGGGAUGCGAGUCCGGAGCUGGUGGGGGGGUAUAGUGAAUUUGCUUCCCAAGCAAGCUUGUUCUCAACGACCACAACGUCGCCGGCCUUACUGCCUUUUUGCAUCACUCAUGGUCUCAUUCUCUACUGCUCUUGUGAUGUUUCAAGUAGGAGAAUGAUUUCUGGAUUGAAUGGACACAGCACUAAUGGCAUUCUGCACCCAGCAUUCCGCAACAUUCUCAGUCGUCCCGAGCUUAGGGGAUCCAAUACCCCACUACCUACCCCAGCUAUGUUCCCACCACCCACCCAAGAACGACGCCGUACUUGUCUUCAAACUAUCCUGCACGGCUUACGGCAUACGGUCAUCACAGGAACGUUAACGUUGAUGCCUCCUUUCAUGAUUGCUACACGGGGUGAUUCACCAACGGUUGAUGGAUUGGGAGUGAUUCACGACGAGCGAGAAGACGUGUUCUGGUCCAACUUCGGCUUUAGCGAAUACGUGAACGUUGUCUAUGAAAUGGAGACAUCAACAGGUGGAAUCUCAAUGUAUUCGAUUUUCAAGAUUCAGCCGACGUCGAUAGCCUUCGGAUACCGCCGCGUAUGCGCAGCCGCGAAGACUGAGGAGGGUCCACGUUGGACAGGACCAGGUCUACGUCGAUCGCCAUGUUUGCGAAUGACGCCACCAUAUGUACAUACGCUGCUCAAGCCCGUUCGACGUAUUCUCUUCCCCUCCAAGCACUAG